GCUUCCUUCCAUGAAAUCCCAACGGGAGGAAUCCGCAGCCCCGGUUCUCUUCACCAAAUCAUUUCUCAGCCGCGCCUUGACACGACGUGGUGCAAGUGGUUACGACGAGGUGACUGCGCCCAAAGGUCCUUUGGGACUUACAACGCUCCAUGAUCCCGGGCCAGAACAUGCCGCAGUCGCCGAUAUUGUGUUUGUGCAUGGGCUCAAUGGCGGAAGCCACAGCACCUGGAGCAAAGGAAGCAAGUCGUCACAUUUCUGGCCAGGGACAUGGCUUCCGUUGGACAAUGCUUUUCACGAUGUCAGAAUACAUACCUUCGGGUAUCCAUCUGCCAUCGGCACCUCCUCUAUCCUCAACGUCCAUGACUUCGCGAGAUCCUUGCUUGGUGCAGUCAAAGACGCUCCAUCGAUGAACCGAGGAGCACCACCUCGCUUGAUAUUUGUUGCCCACAGUAUGGGUGGGCUCGUCGUUAAGAAGGCUUACAUCAUUGGACACCACGAACCUGAGUUCCAGCCCAUCGUCGACCGCGUUGCAUCCAUCGUAUUCUUAGGGACACCUCAUCAGGGCGCUGCCAUUGCACAAACAGCCGCUCGCCUAGCAGCACUUAUGGGUGGCCGGCCGUUCAUCGACGACCUGUUGCCGCAAUCACCAAUGCUACAGUCUAUCAACGAAGAGUUUCCCCGACUUGCGCACAAGAUUCAGCUCAUGUCCUUCUACGAGACCAGGCCAAUGAAUAUUGGACCGGUAAAAGCCAUGAUUGUCGAGAAGACAAGCGCCGUCAUGAAUCUGCCAAACGAGCGAAGAACUUUGCUCGAUGCAAAUCAUCGCCACGUCGCCAUGUUCAACUCGCCGAGUGAUCCGGCUUUCAUCACCGUUCGAAACGCCUUGGCCACUAUCGUCUCAUCACAUCGUGACACAGCGCUAAUUCGCAGGCGCAACGUGGCGCAACAAGACCUAGCAACUUUGGAGAGAUAUCUAGGCAUUGCGAAUGCAUCAGAGGACGACAUUAUGGCGCAAGAUGCCCUUAGAACCCCUGGAUCCUGCGAAUGGCUUACGGGGAAAGACUGGUAUCAAUCCUGGAAGCAGUCUUUAGACUCUUCUCUACUAUGGCUGCGCGGUCGUCCGGGCCAGGGGAAGAGCGUUUUGGCUGGCCACAUUGUUAAUGAUAUGCGGACUACAAAGAAAGACUGCUGCUUCUACUUCUUCCAAAAAUCCGACAGGACUAAGUCCAACACCAGCGUGUUCCUUCGGUCCAUGGCCUUGCAGAUGGCUAUGCUGCAUCCUGAAAUACUUUCAAGACUCCAGGAGCUCUCUUCAUGGGAAAAUAACUCUCCGAUCAACCAAUUUGAUUCCAUUGCGACCUGGGGAAAAGUAUACUUCUCUGCCAUCCUCAAGAUCAGGCUACAUCGACCACAGUUCUGGAUUAUCGAUUCUUUGGAUGAAUGCGAGAACAGUAGGGAGGUGAUGGGCUUCCUGACGCGCAUGCAGGAGCAAUGGCCUUUAUCCGUGCUCAUAACAUCACGAGAUCUCGUGGAGGCACAUAUGAGCAGGAUGGGCUCUCGGAUCGAGGUCAUCAGGCAGACAAUAUCGGUCAAGGACAGCAUGGGGGACAUAAGUCUUUUGCUCGAGUCAAACCUCAGCCUCUUACCUUGCCCGUCUUCAGAAAAGUGGCCGACUGGCACAGAAAUAGCGUCUCAGAUCGCCCAAAACUCUGGGGGCUCCUUUCUAUGGGCUUCAUUAAUCUGCUCAGAGCUGCGCGACGUCACGAGUGAGAGGGAAAUGGAAGCAGUAUUAGAGAGUGUUCCAUCCAAUAUGGAUGCUCUAUACUCCAAGCUUCUAAAUGACAUGGCGAAAUUACGAUUCGGCAAAGAUCUCGCAAAAGCCAUCAUUACGUGGACAACCUAUGCCUUCCGGCCUAUGUCAACCUUCGAGCUUCAGGCACCUAUUGAGUUGGAUCUUGACGACAGAAUCGACGUUUUCGAGCGAGCCAUUGCGAAAUGCUGUGGCAAUGUCAUCCAUGUGGACGCUCAUAAUAAAGUCCAGCUCAUCCACUCGACGGCAAGGGAGUUCCUCACGGACGGACGCCUUAACUCGGAGUUCAUUGUGUCAAAGGUAGAAGGCCAUCGCCGUCUGGCUAAAGUUUGUCUCGAAUUUUUCAUCACUGGCAGCACACCCAUACUAGGCAGGUUCAAGCCGGGCUCGAGUUCACCGCCAAUGGCGUUUCAGGAACACCCUUUCACCGCUUACGCCUCUAUCUAUGUCUUCCAACACGUGAACAUGUUGCCUACAGCUGACGAGGACAUUCUGAGGCUUUUAUCACAAUUUUUCACGGACGGAACUGUUCUACGAUGGGUCGAGGUCAAUGCUACUCGUGGCAACCUUCAUGCAGUCUUUCAGGCUGGGAAAACUAUCGGCGCGCUUGUCGACCAGACAACACAUUCAACACCAAUAGCACUGGCUGAGGACAAGGAAAGGUUAAAAAUUUUAAAGAGAUGGGGCAAUGACCUGAUCCACAUAGUGACCAAGUUCGCCGGCCAGCUUCAGUCGUCUCCCAAGUCCAUCCAUCGUCUUAUACCGCCCUUCUGUCCACCAGACUCGGCUAUCCGCCAGCAAUUCUCUCAUCCAUACCGGGGACUGAAGAUUUUGGGUCUAUCUACUCGAGGUUGGGAUGAUUGCCUUACCACAAUAUCAUAUCCACAAGGGAUGAGGCCGAACGCAAUCGCAGUCGGCCUGGGGUUUUUUGCUGUGGGCAUGAUGAAUGUUCAUGGAGAUUUGAAGGUAUAUGGCGACUCUAUUUUUGAUGAGAUGUACAGUCUAUCUCAUGGAGAGCCAGUGUGGUGCCUGGCUUUUGCGGGCAGCGGUCAAUACUUAGCUUCGGCCGGAGGAAAUUCCCUGAAAAUAUGGACAACGGCAGACGGGCAGCAAAUUACCAACCUCGAAAUAUCCUCGCUCUGUUUGGCUAUGCAGUUUUCAGAAGAGGAUACAAUUCUACGAGUGGCUACGAGAAAGAAUCAGUUGAUUGAGUUCGACAUGUUCGGGCAGACGCUUCUUCAUGGGGAGCCAGCCACUUGGACAACGGAUCUCGAAGAAAGAAUGCAGUCUCGUUCGCCAACGACAAUAGCUCUUGGCUCGGCUACAAGCCUUUUGUCCGUCAUAUACCAAGGAGAAAACAUCGUACUUUGGGACUACCUUGAAAAUCGUAUUCACGAUAUAUAUGAGAAGGAGACAGGGUCGAUCGCUGCCUACGGCUCCCAUAAUUUGGCUGAAGGUGUAACUACGGUUGCGAGCAUCAGUUUCAGCCACGCCAUUGGAACAAGUCUACUGGCGGCAGCAUAUACUGAUGGGGAUCUCGUUGUCUACGACACUACCAGUGGUGAGGCAAUUGCGGCGGUCGAGGGUGCUAAUAUCAAUCUCAUCGCCUCGGCUCCCAACGGCCGCACACUUGCUGGCGUUGACUCUCACGGCAACCUCACCCUAUUUGAUUUUGAGACCUUGCGACCGCUGUCCCGAAUAAGACUGGAUGCACCAAUCGCUCCAAAAGCCUUAGCUUUAACCUUCGACAAUUCUCGACUCAUCGAGAUCCGCGGGCAGCAAUGUCGGGUUUGGCAGCCGACCGUACUCCCGCGAGCCGAUUACAAAGACGAAAAGCGCAGUGAUACUAUCAUUGCCUCAGCAAUGUCUCAGGAGCUGGAACACCACACGAGGAAAGACGUCGAGAUCACAGCAAUCACGUGCUGCAAAAUGUCUGGCGCUGUCUUUUACGCUACGAUUGAGGGCUGCGUCUAUGCUUGCGACAUCCCGGCGAACGGCGAGCCGCUGUUUCAACAGAUCUUUGUUCAGAACCGCGACUGCCCGAUAAGCAUACUUCAUUUUGAUCAAGAAGCAUCCGUGUUGACAUGUUGCGACCGAUCAAGUUUGGUCACCUCACGAAAGGUACUGCGGCGCAAUGUGUCAAGACAACAGAUCUCUUGGGAUGCCGGUUGCCCAUUUAUGGAGAUCAAAGCGGCUGAGCAUGGCAGAGAUACUCUCCGAGGGGUCAUCCUUUCGGGCAAGCAUUCAAGACUUCUUUUGUCCUACGAGAACCUCGACACAUUGAGCGCCUUUUCCAAUGAGGUCGUUACUUCGAGACCACGGCUUGAAGCGGACCGGGAGAGCCAGUGGUUGAGCCACCCAAGCCAGGCGGAGUGUAUUCUUCGCAUUUCCAAGUCCCACUUCGAGGUUUAUUCUUGGUCGGACCUGCGACUCCUGAGCACAGUCUCCAUGGCAGCCGAGGUCAGCUUCGACCGUCUAGUCUCACUGCAUCACACGCCUUAUAUCGCUACGGUGUCUAUGGCACCCCAAUCUCAUGGUCCAGCUGGACCACACAGCCACGGACCAUUCUCGGCGGUCCAGAUUUGGGACAGCAGAGACCUGGACCCAGUAUCCAGCAGCCCAAUGCCAGUCCAUCAACUCGACGGAGAUGUAGCCGAGCAGAUCGAGCUGGUCAUCGGGGGAUUUGGGGCCCGAAUGAUUGUGUACACGACAGACCAUUGGAUCGCCUCCGUCGACUUGCAUGCACCAGAGAACGGCGCGCCGUUGGGAGAGUCUCUGGUGCGCCACUUCUUCAUGCCCAACGACUGGGUAGCUGUAGGCCACAGGCAGCUUCUCUUCGGCAUCGGUAGGUCUGGAGAGAUCGUGUUUGCCAAGCAGUCGGAACUGGCUGUGAUUAGGCGCGGACUGGAGAUCACGGACAGUGGUGGAAGUUUCAAUCCGCGGCGCGGACGAGUAGGCAUAGGCUACAGGAGCUAGAAACAAAACCAAAUGCUUUAGGAAGAUCUCGUCAAUACAUACUUGGAAUAUU